CCUUCCCUCCUCCGUCCCCCACCUCCAGCUAGAAUUACCCCCACGGUUAAAGCCCUCUUCAGCCUACAGGCGGUGAUCGUAUCGCAGGUCAACAUUGAUGAGAUACCUGCUGGGGAAAAAACAAUGGCGAUGAGAUGAAAAAAGGGAAUUAGGAAAAAGAGAGAAAAUUAAAAAUAAUUUAAAAUUUUCAAUAUUGUCUCUAUCUUUCAUUGAUUCUUCGUUGAUCAGCGGCCAUCGAGGAUCCGCAUAAGGGUUUUUUUUCACUUGAUAAUUAUGGAUUUGACGAUGCAUAAGAAGAAAAAGAUCCCAUCUUUGUUGGAUCUGUGCAUCCAAACGGCAAUCGAUAAUCUCCGAUACAUGGCUGACGUCGGCGAAGUCGACGCUCAUCUUUUGCAGCGUAUCUUGCCUCACUGCGAUAUUGAUCAAUUGAGGCACAUUGAGAAUUCAACAGAAGGAAGGGAUCUUAGCUCGGUGACUGAUGAUUUGUGGAAGAGAUUUUAUGAGAAGGACUUUGGCAAGGAAAGUUCUGAUGUUGUAAUUGGAAGGAUGAGACAGAAGCAAGUCGUAUUUAAAUGGCGACAGCUCUAUGAAGCAAAAUACAAGGAGAGAGAAGCGUUUAAGGAUAAAUUAAAACUGAAACUUAAACAAAGAUAUCAAGAAGAGGAAGAGAAAAAACUGAGUCGACAAGUGAAAUAUACUAAGAAGGAGCCACCAUCAAGCUGUAAAAGAAGCUACCCUUCAGGAAGCACUUCUUACAAUGUUUCCAAUCUGAAGAGUAAUAUUUUGAAAAAGGCGAAGCUAGAGUCUCUUCAAAGUCACGAGGCAAAAAUUCAUGCAACUAUGAGGAAAAAUGCUUUACAGCGAAAGAUCUCUCCACCCGAGAGAAUCUCUCGUGCCUCAAAGCCAAGCAAUUUUCUCAGGACGAGUUUAGCUUCCAGUUCUAAACUAUCAAAGCCGCCAGGGAGAGGAUAGAGGUAGUACCUGAGCUAUGUAUUUUGAUAUUUUCUGCUGAGGGGUAUCAACUUGCAGCUGAUACAUGUGGAGGAAGGAAUUCAAGGAAUUCAACUUAUCUUAUUCUUUCCACCUGUUCAAAAUAUAUUCCUCGUGUUGAUUUAUAAAUGUAAUGCUAUAGCAUAAUCUUUCAGCGUAGCUUGUAGUUUGUCUCUCAUGCUUUUGCAAUGGUAAAAAUUAGUUUAUUGUUGUUUAAA